GGCACUCCGCGUAAACCGUGCUUUUGGAUUUUGUUUAAUUUCUCGUCUCUUUCGUGUCUGUUUGAAAGGGAAAAAGCAGCAGAUAGAAAGUGAAGAAACCUCCGUUUACUCUCUCUUCCAUUUCUCUUUCCCCUUCACUUCUACUCUAAUACUCUACUCUACUUUAUCUCACAAUCCAAUUUUUCCUUUCUAUCACCUAAAACCCUAAUUUUAGAAGGAGGAGCUUGCUCUAUACUUGCUCUGAUCGUCUUUAUUUUCCAAUUUUCAACUCAAGUUUGACGUUUUCCGAUCUCAAGAUUUCUCGAUUUAGUCUCAGAUUGCUUCUGCUGAACUUCCACAAAAGUUGGGUGUGCGGUAUUAGUUCUGUGGCAUCAUCAAGGAGUUUUUGUUGGGCUUUCUUUUCAAUCAUGGCCGGUGAAUUCAAGGCAAACCUUUCCAAUGGCAAUGCCAAUGUACAGCCUGCUGCACAAAGAACUUACCAAGUUGUUGUGGCUGCCACUAGAGAUAUGGGUAUCGGAAAAGAUGGGAAGCUGCCAUGGAGAUUGCCUUCUGACCUCAAAUUCUUCAAGGAUGUUACUAUGACUACUUCUGAUUCUGGAAAAAAGAAUGCUGUUAUAAUGGGUAGAAAAACCUGGGAAAGUAUCCCACUUGAGCAUCGACCUCUGCCUGGUCGCCUUAAUGUUGUUCUGACUCGUUCUGGAAGUUUUGAUAUUGCUACUGCUGAGAAUGUCGUGAUGUGUGGAAGCCUGAAUUCUGCUUUGGAAUUAUUGGCUGCAUCUCCUUAUUGUUUGUCAAUUGAGAAAGCCUUUGUAAUAGGAGGUGGCCAGAUAUUAAGGGAAGCUCUGAAUGCACCUGGAUGUGAUGCUAUCCACAUGACAGAAAUUGAGACAAACAUUGAUUGUGAUACUUUUAUACCUACAGUUGAUUCAUCUGUCUUUCAACCUUGGUACUCAUCCUUUCCCAUGGUAGAGAACAGCAUACGAUAUUGCUUUGCAACUUAUGUUCGAGUGAGGAGUUCUGUAGUCGAAUCCAAUGGUGAAAAUAAUGGUUUGAGCUCUGAUAGUGGUUCAGAAAACAGUAAGUUUGAGGUAAAGAAGUUCUCCUUCCUUCCUAAGAUGGUUUUUGAGAGACAUGAGGAGUUUUUGUAUCUUAGACUUGUUCAAGACAUCAUCUCAGAUGGUGUUUUGAAGGAUGACAGAACUGGAACUGGUACUUUGUCAAAAUUUGGUUGCCAGAUGCGGUUCAAUCUUCGCAAAACUUUUCCGCUUCUUACAACAAAGAAAGUAUUCUGGCGAGGGGUUGUUGAAGAACUCCUGUGGUUCAUUAGUGGUUCAACGAAUGCUAAGGUCCUUCAGGAAAAGGGCAUUCAUAUAUGGGAUGGCAAUGCAUCUAGAGAUUACCUUGAUAGUAUUGGGUUGAAGGACAGAGAAGAAGGUGACUUAGGACCUGUUUAUGGAUUCCAGUGGAGACACUUUGGAGCUAGGUAUACUGACAUGCAUGCUGACUAUACUGGCCAAGGAUUUGAUCAGUUGUUAGAUGUUAUUGACAAGAUUAAGAGUAAUCCAGAUGAUCGUCGAAUUAUACUUUCAGCUUGGAAUCCUUCUGAUCUCAAAUUGAUGGCACUUCCUCCUUGCCACAUGUUUGCUCAAUUCUAUGUAGCCAACGGGGAGUUAUCCUGUCAAAUGUAUCAGCGAUCUGCUGACAUGGGCCUGGGUGUGCCAUUCAACAUUGCAUCUUAUGCCCUCUUGACAUGCAUGAUUGCUCAUGUUUGCAAUCUUGUUCCGGGUGAUUUUAUUCAUGUAUUUGGGGAUGCUCAUGUUUAUAGCUCUCAUGUUAGGCCUCUCCAGGAGCAGCUUCAAAAACUGCCAAAACCUUUUCCAAUUUUGAUGAUUAAUCCUGAGAAGAAGAACAUAGAUUCUUUUGUGGCAGCUGAUUUCAAAUUGAUAGGUUAUGAUCCUCACCACAAAAUUGAAAUGAAAAUGGCAGUAUAAAGCUCCUUAAACAUUCAGUGAACUCACACUAGGGUUCCUAGGCAAUAUUUGCUUGUGGUUUUGAGGAACUUCAAGGGCUUACCGUUCUUGAGUGUUAGCGGCUAGCAAUUAAAAUAAAAAAAAAAAGGUAACUGAAUAUAUUUGUUUAGUCAGAAUCCUUUAGUUCCUCAGAGUUAGUGGUUCUAAGGUGAUUUAGGAUGUCUGUUUUUUCUUGCUUUACAAGCAAUUUUCCUUUAUUACCUGGGAAAUAUCACUUUAUAACCACAAAUGCUAUAGAAUUGCUUUUUGAAUGGUUUGGAAUUUGAACAUGUGAACUUUCAUAUGACAGUGUUCUGUUUAUGUCUUGAACAUUGCAGUUCUGUUAACUUGCGCAGUAAUUAUGAUCUUAUGGAUGAGCAAAUUUGUUAAUAUUUUUGAACA